GUUUCCGCCCUUCUGAGAGAAAAUACUUCGCAUGUGAUUCAUUGACGACUGCAAUAAAGUUUAAAUAUAGCCUACAAAAAGAAUACAAUCGGAUUUAACUUUUGCGUUAUCGCGGAUUCUACGCUGGAAAACCGGAUAGAGGUCGGUCGCAGUAGUCAGGAGAUGAAAUGAGGAUGAGCUGAACUCGAGCUGGUGCAGUUACGGUCCCUCCGCUGAAAGCACGACGGCAUCAUCUAAUUCCUUAUCUAAGUGAUUGUCACAGCUUCACCAUGGCUCGCGGCUGCCUCUGCUGCGUCAAAUACAUGUUGUUCCUCUUCAACCUGCUCUUCUGGUUGGGGGGCUGUGGUUUGUUGGGUGUGGGAGUGUGGUUGUCUGUGUCCCAGGGCAGCUUUGCCACCCUAUCACCAUCCUUCCCCUCCAUCUCUGCUGCCAACCUCAUCAUCACCCUGGGUGCUGUCAUCAUGGUUACAGGCUUCCUGGGUUGUCUGGGUGCCAUCAAGGAGAACAAGUGUCUGCUGCUGAGUUUUUUCAUCACGUUGUUGGUUAUUCUGUUGGUGGAGCUGAUCCUACUCAUCCUGUUCUUCGUAUACACAGACAAUGUGAGUGAGAACGCCAGACAGGACCUGAAAGAGGGACUUACUCUGUACAGCACCAACAACAACGCGGGCCUCCGCAACGCCUGGAACACCAUACAGACAGAGUGGCAUUGUUGUGGGGUGAAUGGGUACACAGACUGGCACACUGCCCUGCAGGAGAAGGUGGUUCCUGACCACUGCUGUCAGGAUAUCUACCAGGACUGUGGGCGCAAUGCCACCAACCAGUUCUGGACACAGGGUUGCUAUGAGAAGGUGGAGGAGUGGCUGGAUGACAAUAAACACCUGCUGGGAACCAUCGCCAUGUGUGUUCUGGUCAUACAGCUCCUGGGUAUGGCCUUCUCCAUGACUUUGUACCAGCAGAUCCACCGAUCCGGGAAGAAGUACGAAGCUUAGAACACAUACACACACACAGUUUGAGACCCAUUACUUGUAUACAAAAUUAUACUCUAAAAAGACACACACAUGCCACAAAACAGCUUUUUAUUUAGUGUUUUGUAUUUACACACCCUUGUAUCAUUUUGUGCACAAAGGCAAUAUUGUUUUUUAAUUAUCAUCUUUAUCAUUAUAAUCAGUGUUCUUGGCCAGGAUUCAAUCCGACCGCGGUUUGUCAACAAUGCACCGUAAAUGGGUUAUUCCACAAAUAAAGUGCCAACAAUCAGCAUUUGGACAUUGUCCCUCGUUAUGUUUUUCCGACUUCUGGGAAGAUUUCAACCAACUUCACCCCAAAAUUCCUCCAUGUUUUCAACAUCAUUGAAAUUCUACUGUAAAAAGUUGAACUAGUUAUGUUGUUGCUUUGACAGUUUUUUUCUGAAGGUUAUUAUUUAUUUAUGCGAUUUCAUUUGUUUUCCCCUCAUUUUAAGGCCAACCCUGUUACAUAAACCUGACUCUUUAUAUAUAUAUAUAUAUAUAUAUAUAUAUAUAUGGUGAAACUAUUCCUUUUUAAUAUUUUUUUCCCAAAACAAACUGUCAAAUCAGUGUAAAAGCAGGUGAGCUGGUUCUACUCUUUUUGGCAAUUUUCUGGUGUUUUGUGGAUAAACUGAGCGUGUUGAUUAUAACGCGUCAUACCCGUUACCCAUAGAUUGGAUUUGUUAAAACAUUUCUAGCCAAAAGUGUUGUGAGGCUUGAAUUUAUUUUCCCCUCCCUGUUGCACACAAGUGUCCAUUCCCCCUGUCACAAGUGUCCAUUCCCCCUGUCACAAGUGUCCAUUCCCCCUGUCACAAGUGGAUUUAUGGCUGAUUUCAGAUAAACCUCAACCCUUAUAUGGUCAACCCUGUUACUUUAAAGACACUUAGUCAUUUUUUUAUUCAACCGCUUAUGUGAAAUUAGUUUGUUUUGACCAAUUUUAACUGCCCAAAGUGUUAUCAUUUUGUGGAAGGACCCAAAUGCUACAUAUAGCUCAAUCAGAAAUUCCCUUUAAAAGCUGAAUUGUCGACAACCUGCAGUCGGAUUGAAUCCUGGCCCUAGUUCAGUUAUGGGGGGACUAAGGGUGGGGGAGGAAGGGGGGUUGGAUUGUGUGUAUGGGAAUAGGGACACCCCUCAGUCAUCCAGGAUAGAAUGGCUUGAACACAAAAUAGAGUAAUGGGAAAGAGGUUCGAUUUCAUGCCUUAGAAAUCCUUAAACGGAUUACAUUUAUAUUGUAUGGAUGUAUUAUUGUAAAACCAGUUACUGUGAUGGGUUCAAUAAAAGUUAAGCUUAUUCUGUCAAAA